AUGUCCGCGCCUCUCCUGCUAGCUCUAGCGGUCGUCUUCUACGUUGCAUGGACUCACCUGAGCAGUCGUCUGAUACGACUUCCGCCGGGGCCCUCGCGUCUGCCUUUUAUUGGUAGUGUUCACCAUCUUCCGUUGGAGUACCAGCACAAGAAGUUCUUCCAGUUUGCUAAGGAAUACGGCGAUGUUGUCUACAUCCAACUCUUCGGCCGCCCCUCGGUGGUGCUCAACUCCCUGCCCGCCGCCCAAGAUCUGCUCGAGAAAAGGAGCAGCAAGUACUCGGACCGGCCUCGCUUCACUCUGACUGCAGAAAUGGGCUUCGACUUGGCCAUGAGCAUCAUGCCCUACGGCGACCAGUGGCGGCGCCACCGCAAAUGGUUCGCCGCCGCAUUCCUCGACAAGAAAGCGCUCGACAGCUACGUCCCCAUCCAACAACGCGAGACGCACAAGCUCCUCGCCGGCCUGCUCGAGUCUCCCGAUGCGUUCCCCGCACACGUCAAGAGGUACAUCGGCGCGCUGAUGAUGGAGAUCGCGUACGGCCACGGGGUCACCUCGCUCGACGACGAGAUCGUCGUCCUCGCUGAGAAGGCAGUCGGCGCUGCCACGGAAGCUGGGAGUCCCGCUGCGACGCUGAUCGACUUCAUACCGAUCCUCCAGUGGAUCCCCGCGUGGAUGCCCGGCGGGCGUUGGAAGACGCGCGCCGCGGAGGUGCGGAGGAUGGUGCGGAGGACGAGUGACGUCCCGUUCGCCCGUUUGCAAGCCGCCAUCGCCGCAGGGACGGCGCGGCCGUGCUUCCUGUGGUCGCUGCUGGAAGACAUCACGACGCGAGGGGAGCCUGCGGCGGCAGACCUCGAGGAGAUCAAGGCCGCCGCCAAUCUCGUGUAUGGAGCUGGGACGGACACGACUGCGACAGUGCUCAACGCAUUCGUCCUGUCGAUGGUCCUCCACCCCGACGCGUGCAGGAAGGUCCAAGCGGAGAUCGACCGCGUCGUCGGCUCGGACUCGCGGCUGCCCGACUUCGGUGACCGCGCGUCGCUGCCCUACGUCGAGGCUGUGAUGCAGGAAGUCCUCCGGUGGAUCCCGCCCGUGCCCCUCGAGCUGCCCCACCGCCUCACGGAGCCCGACACGUACCGCUCAUACACGAUACCCAAGGGCUCGAUGAUGAUCCCGAACGUCUGGGGCAUGACGCGCGACGCGAGCGCGUACCCCGACCCGGAGGCCUUCCGCCCGGAGCGCUUCCUCGAGAUGGACGCCGCGACCGACCCGCGCAACAUGGUGUUCGGGUUCGGACGCCGGAUCUGCCCGGGCAAGGACUUCGGCGACGCGAGUGUGUGGCUCGCCGCGGCGCGCAUCCUCGCGGUGUUCGACGUGCGCAAGGCGCGCGACGCAGCGGGGCGCGAGGUCGCGCCCGAGCCGUCGUUCUCUCCGGGGAUGAUCAGCCAUGUCCGCCCUUUCGUGUGCGAUAUCCGCCCACGGUCGCCAAGAGCAGCGAGGAUGAUCGAGCAAUUGCUACUUGACUCUGCGGCCUGA